UAAGCAAUUUGGAAAUACUAGAUUUGAGUUAUAAUUCCUUAAGUGGGAUUAUUCCAUCAUCUAUAAGAUUGAUGUCUCAUCUCAAGUCUUUAUCCCUGGCCGGAAAUCACCUCAAUGGUUCUUUACAAAAUCAAGGUUUCUGCCAAUUGAAUAAGCUUCAAGAGUUAGAUCUUUCUUACAACUUAUUCCAAGGGAUCCUUCCUCCAUGUUUGAAUAAUUUGACAUCUUUGAGGUUAUUGGCUCUCUCUUCCAACCUAUUCUCCGGAAAUCUUUCUUUCCCUCUGUUACCUAAUCUCACAUCCCUGGAGUACAUCGAUCUCGGUUACAAUCAGUUUGAGGGUUCAUUCUCUUUCAGCUCUUUUGCUAAUCACUCCAAGCUUCAAGUGGUCAUACUUGGAAGGGAUAACAACAAAUUUGAGGAAGUUGGAAGGGAUAACAACAAAUUUGAGGUAGAAACUAAAUAUCCAGUUGGUUGGGUUCCCCUGUUUCAGUUGAAGGCUUUCUCUCUAUCCAACUGUAAGCUCACCGGUGACCUUCCUGGUUUUCUUCAAUACCAAUUCAGGUUAGUGGAGGUUGAUCUCUCACAUAAUAACUUGACAGGAAGUUUCCCCAAUUGGUUGCUUGAAAACAAUACGAGACUAAAAUCUCUAGUCCUGAGGAAUAACUCUUUAAUGGGUCAACUACUUCCCUUGGGACCUAAUACCCGUAUCUAUUUAUUGGAUAUCUCACACAAUCAAUUGGAUGGACAACUUCAAGAAAAUGUGGCCCAUAUGAUUCCAAAUAUUAUGUUUCUAAAUUUAUCAAACAAUGGUUUUGAAGGUAUUCUCCCAUCCUCAAUAGCUAAACUAAGAGCCUUAUUGAUUUUGGAUUUGUCUACCAAUAAUUUCUCUGGAGAAGUACCAAAGCAAUUGCUUGCAGCAAAAGAUUUGGAGAUUCUGAAAUUAUCAAAUAAUAAAUUUCAUGGUGAAAUAUUUUCAAGGGACUUUAACUUGACUUGGUUGGAGUAUUUGUAUUUGGGCAAUAAUCAGUUCACGGGAACUCUGUCAAAUGUAAUCUGCAGAAGCUCUUGGUUGAGGGUGUUGGAUGUGAGCAACAACUACAUGUCAGGUGAAAUUCCAAGCUGGAUAGGUAACAUGACCGAUUUGACUACACUGGUGUUGGGCAACAAUAAUUUUAAAGGCAAAUUACCACCUGAGAUUUCUCAAUUGCAACGGAUGGAGUUUCUUGACGUUUCUCAAAAUGCUCUUUCAGGAUCUCUUCCUUCUUUGAAGAGCAUGGAGUAUUUAGAGCAUCUACAUUUGCAAGGGAACAUGUUUACAGGAUUAAUACCCAGAGAUUUUCUCAAUUCCUCAAAUCUAUUGACUUUGGAUAUUAGAGAAAAUAGGUUAUUUGGAAGUAUUCCCAAUUCAAUCUCUGCACUUUUGAAGCUAAGGAUUCUUUUGCUGGGAGGAAACCUUUUAAGUGGUUUUAUUCCAAAUCAUCUUUGUCAUUUGACUGAAAUAAGCUUGAUGGAUCUUUCAAACAACUCUUUUUCAGGGCCAAUUCCCAGAUGCUUUGGCCAUAUCCGAUUUGGGGAGAUGAAAAAGGAGGACAAUGUGUUUGGACAGUUCAUUGAAUAUGGGUAUGGAAUGGAUUCUUAUAUUGCAUAUGCAGGUUACUUGCUGGAAUAUUGGGGGCGCUCAAGUAUAGUAUAUAAUGAAAAAGAUGAAGUUGAGUUUGUCACCAAGAACAGGCGUGACUCCUACAAAGGUGGCAUCCUUGAAUUCAUGUCUGGAUUGGACUUAUCAUGCAACAACUUGACAAGUGAAAUACCUCAUGAGCUUGGUAUGCUAAGUUGGAUUCGUGCAUUGAACUUGUCUCACAAUCAAUUGAAUGGCUCCAUUCCAAAGAGUUUCUCCAAUCUUUCUCAAAUAGAGAGCUUAGACCUUUCUUAUAAUAAACUGGGUGGAGAAAUUCCUCUAGAGCUAGUUGAACUCAAUUUUUUAGCGGUGUUUAGUGUGGCUUACAACAACAUCUCUGGUAGAGUUCCAGAUACCAAAGCACAAUUUGCAACAUUUGAUGAAAGCAGCUAUGAAGGUAAUCCUUUCCUUUGUGGGGAACUAUUAAAGAGGAAAUGCAACACAAGUAUUGAGUCACCAUGCGCACCAUCACAGUCUUUUGAAAGUGAGGCAAAAUGGUAUGAUAUCAAUCAUGUUGUUUUCUUUACAAGUUUUACUACUUCAUAUAUCAUGAUCUUGUUAGGAUUUGUUACCAUCCUUUACAUCAAUCCUUAUUGGCGUCAUAGAUGGUUCAAUUUUAUUGAGGAAUGUAUAUAUUCCUACUAUUAUUUUGUUUUUGAUAGUUUUUCCAAGUUAUCAGCAUAUUUGUAUAAUUAGAUACUUUUAAUUGGAUGAUGUUUGCAUAAUUAACUACUAUUUGUUUCCACGAGAUAGAAAGAAAUGGGAUGUAUA